GCUCUCAUUCAUGGGUAGCAAUAACCUCAAGAUACUUCCGUCCAUCCAGGCUUAAUAUAAACUUGGUUGUAUUAAGUAUUGUGGGUGUUUGUAUAUAAUCGGGGAGGAGUAAUGGCCUGGUCCUCCAGUGCUUGGUUUACCUGUCCCAAGUUUAAUCUUUGGUAUCUUCUGUUAAAGUCAUAUCAUGUUGCUGGGCUGAGAAAUACCCUGCCUGACAUGUUGGAGGGCUGUUGGCAAUCUGAACAGACAAUACUAAAAGCCAGUAUAAGUCAGCUUCAUACACACACACACACACACACACACACAGAAUGGGAUAACAGCUAGUUGUUCCUGCUGACCACUCUGGAGCUGAGACUGCAUUCUAGAACUUGUGUGAGCAAAAAUGGAAACGGUUCUGGAGUCUUCGUUCCUCCACACACUGUUUAGUAUCCUACCUAGUUUGCCUACUUAAAAGAGCAAUGAAGCAGAGUUGAACUUCAGAACUUGUAAUCAACCAGUGCGGAAGCUGUUGACCAAAGUGUACCACCAUCAAAUGGCUUCAACGGGGUUGGCUGGAAUUGCGAUAGUCCUUGGCACUGCUGAUGUUCUCCAUGCCUUUGCCAUUAUAGAGAAGGAGGACGUGUUCAAGAAGACCCCUUGCCCAGCUUUUCUGAUGUUUGAAAAUGCUGCUUACUUGGCCGACAUGAGCUUUGAGUUGCCUUGCAAUUGCAAGCCCGAGGAGGUCACUUCUGUGGUUUGGUACUUUCAGAAGAACAUGGGCAGACACCGGACUAAGGUCUUGACAGACUUUGAUGGCACUUUGGUUGUGGACUCGAGCCACAUCAAGAGAGGCGUUGACAUGCUCCGCCGCUUCAGCAUCAGGAUGUUCAGCCUCAUUGUCUUCCGCGUUCAGGUGGAAGAUUCAGGGCACUACAUUUGUGGCACCAAGAAAGGGGAUUUCUUCUACGGCUACGAUGUAGACGUGCAGACUUCCAAAAACAUAGCUGUUGCCUUUGCAGAUGAGGAUCAGCACCCACAAAAGGACUUCAACAGAACACACUUCGUAGUCUUUACCGUCUUCUGGGAAUGGACCAAGUGCAAUCGCUGCGAUGUCAGAGGUGAGCAACGGAGAGUUGGGCUUUGCUAUGUGCAGAGCCCCCAUCUGCUCAGGCGAUACCGUACUACCAUACCAGAGGUGGCUUCCUGCGGCUCCAAGUCUGUCCCAAAGCAGUUUCGGGGGGUUCCGAACAGGAAGCCCGAGGUCGUUAUCCGAAGUUGCAUGGCACCUUGCAGGAAAAAGAUGUCCUCCAUGGGAGAGGCAUCCAUCUCAGAUGUCAUCUCCAAGCUUGGGGAAAAACCCUGGGUUCCUGACAUCCCUAUCCAAUUCCACAAGCAAUCCCUUGGUACUGGGCUGAUCAUAGCCUGCCCUGGUGCCAGGCCAGAGCAUGCUGUCGCUUGGGACAAAGACUCAACCCGGAUGUACCUCACUAGGUUCCUUACCGGGGUCAACAAGAGCAUGAGGGUCUUCAUUGACCACGGAAACCAUCUGCACAUACGCUUUGCCCAGAUGGAUGACAGAGGCGUCUACUACUGCUGGCGAGAGGGACAACUGGUGGCUGGCUUUCGGCUCUCUGUUGUGUACGAGAGCCGCCACAAGAGAAGCAUUGAUGAUCCUGAGACCCAAUACGCCAUCAAGGCCAUCUUCACAAGCUAUGUCUUCAUCACCCUCCUCUUUGUCAGCAUCCACAUUGUCCGCUGCUGUGUUUACGCCUUCAGGUGCACAUCUGUGGAAUAGCACCUGCCAGGAAAACUGUUCAGGGGCUCAUUUAUUCACUUUUAAAAUUUGUUGUUGUUAACCCAUUUACCUGUUGAUCUAGUAAAUAUUUAAUUUAUCAACUGUCUUGGGUCUUAACCAACUGAGCUUAACCAACGUAUUUCAAAAGCUUUGAAUAAGGGCCUUUUCGGAGGAUUUUUUUUCUCCUAUGUGGGGUAGCUUUCAAAUUUGUUAAAACAAGCGUCAUCUCAUUCCUAGAAGGAAUGGCAAUCCUUUUAAUGUUUUUCAUCAACUAUGGGGGAUACAAAAUGUCAUCUGUUGCAAUCUGUUGCCAGUUUGCAAACAAGCUCAAAACCCAGCUGGAUUGUGGAAGUUCUAAAUUUAGAAAUGCUGAAAUCAACAGAGCAUUAUCUCUCAAUUUCAGUGGUUUGCCAGCAAUUUUUACAUAUAGUUAGAAGAACUUUGAAAACCACAGUGACAAAUCCUUCAUGCUUUGCCUGCAUCUGAUCCAGGUUCCAAUCUCCAGACCUUGGGAUCUCCCCUUUUUAGAAUAAUUUCAGGUAGAAAGGCAGCCAACUAGUUUCCAGGAUUCUUGUGUUGGGUGCUUUAAAUGCAAAGUGUGUUUAAAGCUUUAAUCUUCUUUGCUUCUAAUCAGCUCUGCAGAUUUAUUGACAUGGGCUCCUCCAGUGGCUGGUGUUGGAAAUGGGUGGAAGGCAUCUAUUUUGAUGUCUGCUGUGGUUGCACUCCGAGCAGGCUCAAAGGCUGCUUAACUCAGAAUAGGUGAUUUGAGGGCAGGGGACAGUGUAUUGAGCCAGAGUUGCUACAAAGGCCCUGAUAAAGGAAAAGGAAAUGGGAAGAAGAAGAGGAGGAGAAUGGUGCGUCCUCAUCAGUGCUAUUGGCAGACACUUUGGGACACAACAGAGUCAGCCUGAAUUUGUCAGCCUUCUUUUGGAAGUUGUGUACAGUGGUGCCCCGCAAGACGAAUGCCUCGCAAGACGGAAAACCCGCUAGACGAAAGGGUUUUCCGUUUUUGAGUUGCUUCGC